AUGGAAGCCAACCUAUUCGGUGACAGAGGCCUUGGGGGCAACCUGCCUCCGAACACAGCGCCAUCUGGGGGAGGAGACAAUGACGGAAGUGGAGCAACUCGUGCACCACAACACCACUUGACAAUCGAAGCACUCGACAACCCCCGAUCACUCAUUGUCCAUCCUCGCCCUCACAUCCCUACCGCUACUGCACCAACAGUGUCUGACGUCUGGAUCCCACCUACGCCCGAUCUCUACCUCAACACUGCCCUCGAAGUCCCGCGCAGUCCUCCGCGCCCGACUCGACCUCACGGGUCCAACACAAGACGCAUAAGACCCGCGCACUUCAACACCGCUUUCACUAUCAUCAGAAUGGAAGCACACAACCAGGUCCAGGCCGGCGCUCAUGCCGGCGAGAACGCCAGCGCUGAUCGCCGCGCUGCCCGACUCAACGCCUGGCGCUUGGGAGAGCCCACCCUUGUCGCUGCCUUCCAAGCAGCGCUCCAGCAGUACAAGCUGGAUGACCUUCCCGCCUCCCAGCACUUCGAGGCCCACAUGCAAGACGCAGCCUUCGCCGCCAAGACAGCCGUCCGUACCCACGGCAUAAUGCUGUGGUUCCCCAAACUCCCGAAGGAGGUUGACACCACGCUGACGGCACUCGUCAGCUUCUACCACGGUGAGGCCCGGCAGAUGGUCGACCUCUACCGUAAGGAAGGCCAGGGCGGAUCCUGGAACAGCGCUGCGGAUCUUCACCCUGAGAUCAUUCACGCCGCCACAAGAACGUCGGUCCACUUCGUUGACGCCUCCUCUAUGGAGGUUACCCGCUUCGCACCCUUUGGCAGCUCAGAAAAAGAUCCAACGCCGAUCAAGUGCCCUGGCUUUAUCACGGAGCACUUCGUGGACGAGAGUCAUCUCUGUGCAGAUCUCGUGCGCGUCGUUGCUACCUGCAGGGUCGCGCGCGUCUACCUCAACAGCAAGGUGGCGCUGCGCAGCGCGAAGGAUUAUCGCUGGGAAGAUGCUCGCCAGGCGCUAAUCAAGCUUUGCGCGCAGACAAGUGUCUUACUCCGAAACGCUCUUCACUGGGUCAACAAGCCUGGCGUGGAGGAGGCGACUAUGGUCCUCUUUGGCAACGUUGUCAAGGAGAUCAAGGAGAUCGGCAUCGACGCGCAGACCGAUGUGCUCUUGGUCAAGAUCGCGAGGGGUCGACUCCUAGCGAAAAUGUACGAGCACACGGCGGGCCUCUUAGCGGAAGCCAUUGAAGAGGAGACGGAUGAGGUCGGUGCUUUGAGCGAUGAGUGUGAGGAAAUGGCGGGAGAGUUGCUAUAG